AUCAAAAGUCACCGAAAAGAGCGGGAAAAUUAGGGUACAUAUCAUUCCAUUAAGAUGGAAAAUAAUUAUCACCACUUUCUUCAACUAAAAAAAAUGGAGGCGGAUGCAGCACUUGAGCAGCUCCUAGGCAUGGGCUUCGCCGCUGACUCCGCCGCCCAUGCCCUCUCCUCCUGCGGCGGCGAUAUCCACAAAGCCACCGAUUUCCUCCUCAACAACAACCACCCCCACCUUCCUCAAGCCCCACCACCACCUCUCGAUUCCACCCUUCCCAAUAUCCAGCCCAAAAUCAACCGAUUCUUCAAUCUCAAUCCUAAUCCCAAUCCCAAAACAGAUCUCAAAAACCCCCAAAAAACCCUAAUUGACAAAAUCCAACACUCCCCAGAUUUGAUCCACCGCCAAAAGCGACCCAGAUCCCCGGAAAUUCAACCAGAACCGCCGCGCGCGCCACUGUCCGAGCGGAUGCGGCCGCGCUCGCUCGACGAGGUGCUGGGCCAGGACCACCUCCUCUCCGCCGAUUCCCUCCUCCGCUCCGCCGCCGCCCGCGGCCGCCUCCCCUCCGUCAUCCUCUGGGGCCCUCCUGGCACCGGCAAGACCUCCAUCGCCCGCGCCCUUGUCUCCUCCUGCCCCCCUUCCGCCUCCUACCGCUUCGUCUCCCUCUCCGCCGUCACCGCCGGCGUCAAAGAGGUCCGCGACGCCGUCGACUCAGCCCGCCGCCGCAGCGCCAAAAGAACCCUCCUUUUCCUCGACGAAGUCCACCGCUUCAACAAAGCUCAGCAAGACUCCUUCCUCCCCGUCAUCGAAGACGGCAGCAUCGUCUUCGUCGGCGCCACCACUGAAAACCCCUCUUUCCACCUCAUCACGCCGCUGCUCUCUCGCUGCCGAGUCCUCACCCUCAGCCCCCUCCAGCCCCCCCAUCUCUCCACCCUCAUCAAACAAGCAUCAAUUGAUUCACAAAGAGGAAUCCUAGCUACUAUCAAUGCCACCACCGUCGAAAUCGAAGAUUCCGCAGUCGAAUUCCUCUCUCUAAACUGCGAUGGCGACGCCCGCGUUGCCCUCAACGCACUCGAGGCCGCCGCCACCACGGCGGCCGCCCGAGCACCUGCACUGGACCGCCGCCUUUACGUCGCCUGCGGUGACGUAAAGGAAGCCCUCCAGUGCAAGCACCUCGCCUACGACCGCGCGGGCGAGGAGCACUACAACCUCAUCUCCGCGCUCCACAAGUCGAUGCGUGGGGGCGACGCCGACGCGGCCAUCUACUGGCUCGCGCGGAUGCUUGAGGGCGGUGAGGAGCCGCUCUACGUCGCGCGGCGCCUCAUCCGGUUUGCGUCGGAGGACGUCGGCCUUGCGGACUCGCACGCUCUGGGGCAUGCCGUGGCAUGCCACCAGGCGUGCCAUUUUAUCGGGAUGCCCGAGUGCGGCGUCGUGCUGGCGCACUGCGCUGCGUACCUUGCGCUCGCGCCGAAGUCGGUGGCCGUCUACCGCGCGUUCGGAGCAGCGCAGAAGGCGGUGAGGGAGUCCGCGGGGCAGAACGAGAGGGUGCCGAUUCAUCUGAGGAACGCGCCGACGAAGCUGAUGAAGGAGCUCGGGUACGGCGAGGGGUAUGCUUAUCCACCCGACGAUCCCGACGGGGCGGCGUCUCAGACGUACCUCCCAUCAUUGCUCCAAGGUUGCAAAUUCCUUGAGUGGCCGUAGAUCCUCUGUUUUUGCUUUAUGUUGAAAUGUAGAGCAAUAUUUUGUACUCCACUUAGUAAAGAUUAAAACAUUUGGAAAAAUGUACUUCUCCUUUUAAGAUAUGCAAGUAGUAAGAGAGCUCUUACUUAACGAGCA